AUAGGAAUCAUUGCAAUUGGCCAGAUUAAUGAAGCAAUUGACCAAGGAAAUCCUGAGAAAACUCUAGAAACCCUACUGCUUCCCACAGCCAAGCUGCAAGAUGUAAGACCGGUAAAUGCAAGGCAUUAUCAGGAUGUUCUGCACCAUGCCAAAGCACAGAAAUGCAAGGAAUCCCAAGAUGAAUCAGCGCUUCUGUGGCUGGAUGAAAUACAAAAAGGAAUCAGUGAUGCCAAUAACAAUAUAAAAGAAGCUGCAAUUUUGGCUGUUGGAACAUCACUGAUUAACAAGAGCUUGGAGAAUGGUGAUUCACAGCCAAUCCUGAUGAUACUGCAAUCCAAGUUUGGAUUACGAGUCAUUCCUGAGUGUGCUGAAUCCUACUUCAGGAACCUCUCUGAAGCCAAGAACGUGAAAACUGGAGAAGAUUCUAACGAAAGUCCGUGGAUUAAACUUGUCAUGAAAACCAUGUAUGAUUACUAUUAUAAUGUGGAAACUGAGGAAGGUACCUGUGUUGCCCCUGAGGGAGUUGUACCAAAAUACUCGUGGUUAACUGUUGAGGAAAUACAGAGCAUUGUUGGGCAAGUUACAGCAGAUUAUAAUCGAGAGCAGCUGUGGCUUGCUAAUGAAAAUCUAAUUGUUCAGCUGCAAGCCCGAGCAAGGGGAUUCUUAGUCAGAAAAAAUUACCAGCAGAGGAAAGCAUACCUUCAAAACCAGGAACCAUCUGCCAUCAAAAUACAGGCUUUCUGGAAAGGAUUCAAACAAAGGAAAAGUUAUGUUGACAGAUUAAAGGUGCUUCAAGGCAAUGCUGCUGCUAUUGUUAAGAUUCAGUCAUUGGUCAAAAUGUGGCUAGCAAAGCGAGCUUACAGAAAACGGCUGCAAUACUUCAAGGAUCAUAAUGAUGAAAUUGUGAAGAUACAAGCAUUUCUCAGAGCAAACAAAGCCAGGGAGGACUACAGAACACUAAUUGGUGCUGAAAAUCCACCCUUGACUGUCCUGCGCAAAUUUGCCUACCUUUUGGACCAAAGUGACUUAGACUUUCAAGAAGAACUAGAAGUAACAAGGUUAAGGGAAGAAGUGGUUACAAAAAUUCGAUCCAGUCAGCAGUUGGAGAAGGACUUGAACUUAAUGGAUAUAAAGAUUGGACUGCUGGUGAAAAACAGAAUCACUCUUCAGGAUGUGGUACUGCACAGUAAGAAACUGAACAAAAAGAGCAAAAGCCAGCUGGAAGAGAUGGUUAUGGUUGACAAACAGGGUAUCAAAGGUUUGAGUAAAGAGAGAAGAAAGAAACUGGAGGCUUAUCAACAUUUAUUCUAUCUUUUACAGACUAAUCCCACGUAUCUGGCAAAGCUGAUCUUCCAGAUGCCACAAAACAAAUCAACUAAGUUUAUGGAUACGGUCAUCUUUACUCUAUAUAACUAUGCCUCAAAUCAACGAGAAGAAUAUCUGCUUCUCAAACUCUUCAAAACUGCUCUAGAAGAGGAGAUAAACUCUAAGGUAGACCAGAUACAGGAUAUUGUCACUGGAAACCCCACUGUCAUUAAGAUGGUUGUUAGCUUCAAUCGAGGUGCUCGUGGACAGAAUACUCUGCGUCAGCUCCUGGCCCCAGUGGUGAAAGAGAUUAUGGAGGACAAGUCCCUUGUAAUCAACACUAGUCCUGUGGAUGUGUACAAGGCAUGGGUAAACCAGCUAGAAAUGCAGACCGGUGAGGCCAGCAAACUGCCAUAUGAUGUAACCACAGAACAAGCAUUAACACACACAGAAGUGGUUAAUAAACUGGAAUCAUCGAUUCAGAGUUUGCGAGCAGUAACCGACAAAGUUCUCAUGUCUAUAUUCUCUUCUCUCAAUAUGAUGCCUUAUGGAAUGAGAUACAUAGCCAAAGUUCUGAAGAGCUCACUCCAUGAGAAAUUCCCAGAUGCAACUGAAGAUGAACUAUUAAAGAUUGUUGGCAACCUCCUGUACUACCGCUACAUGAACCCUGCCAUUGUUGCUCCUGAUGGUUUUGAUAUAAUUGAUAUGACAGCAGGGGGCCAGAUACACCCUGACCAGAGGAGGAAUCUAGGUUGUGUGGCAAAAGUCCUUCAGCAUGCUGCUUCUAACAAACUGUUUGAAGGAGAGAGCGAACAUCUGUCAUCUAUGAACACUUACCUCUCACAAACAUACCAGAAGUUCAGGAAUUUUUUUCAAGCAGCAUGUGAUGUUCCUGAACCAGAGGAGAAAUUCAAUAUUGAUGAAUACUCUGACAUGGUGACCCUUAGCAAACCUGUCAUAUAUAUCUCCAUUGAAGAAAUUAUCAACACCCAUUCACUACUAUUAGAACACCAGGAUGCCAUUGCCACUGAGACUAAUGACCUGCUAAACGAAUUGCUGGAAGGGCUAGGACCUGUUCCUGAUGUAGAGUCUUUCCUUGGGGAAGGAGCUGUUGAUCCCAAUGACCCCAACAGGGAAAGCACACUGAAUCAGCUUGCAAAAACAGAGAUUUCGCUGUCUCUAACAAGCAAAUACGAGUUACGAGAAGGUGAAGGUCAGGAUCUCAAAAGCCUGAUGAUAAAGACCAAGAGACUUAUUGUGGAUGUGAUACGAACACAACCAGGGGAUACACUCUUAGAAAUAUUAGAAACACCAGCAACGGUGCAACAAGAGUCUGAACACUUGAAACUUGUAGAAAAACGUGCCAUCUUAGAUUCCAAAACUCCAGAGAAAAUGAAGCACAGUCAGUCUAUUUUUGAAGAUGGGCAGCUACCAAUAGAACAAAAGAAAAGGAAAAUUCAGAGAAAUCUCCGGCAAUUGGAACAAGCGGGAUUAGUGUCUUCAGCAACUAACUACCAAGAAAUUAUAAAUGAGAUCGCUAAGGAUAUCCGGAAUCAAAGAAGAUACAGACAUCAUCGAAAAGCUGAACUGGUGAAACUCCAACAGACUUUGAAUGCACUUAACUCCAAGACAGCAUUUUACGAAGAACAAAUUAAUUAUUACAACACCUAUAUAAAAACUUGUUUAGACAACUUAACAAGAAAAAAUUCGCGGAGGUCAAUUAAAUUAGAUGGAAAAGAGGAGGUAAGGGGAAGCAAAAAAUUGAAGCAGGCCUCAUUAAAAUACACUGCUGCAAGGCUGCAUGAAAAAGGUGUCAUCCUAGAAAUUGAAGAUCUUCAAACCAACCAGUUUAAGAAUGUGAUGUUUGAUAUCACACCUGGAGAAGAAGUGGGUGAUUUCGAAAUCAAAGCAAAAUUUUUGGGAGUUGAGAUGGAAAAGGUACAGCUCCAUUUCCAGGAUUUGCUUCAGAUGCAGUAUGAAGGUGUGGCUGUAAUGAAGAUGUUUGAUAAAGCUAAAGUGAAUGUGAAUUUGCUCAUAUUCUUGUUGAAUAAGAAGUUCUAUGGAAAAUGAAUGUCUUCAGAUACCGUGAACUGCAUCCAUCAAUGGGAAGUCUAUUCCGUAUUUGUUUUUGCUUUUAAACAUGUGUUUGAAGCUUGUCACUGAACACUUUUUAAUUUAAUAAAAAUAAACCAACAAAUGUUCAGAGGAAUGUACACAGUGCCUUUUCAGCAUUAAUAAUGAAGCAGAAAAAGCGACAAUAGAUUAAACAGCUUCAGAUUUUAUUGGUGUUAGGACUUCCAAAUCAAAAUAUUGUUUAGGAGACUCAGCUAUUGUGGUUCUAUGGAUUUUAAGGUAGGCAGAAAUUGAUUUUAGUUGACUAUAUAAACCUUUUCCUAUUAAAACAUUUUUAAAUGACCUCAGAUAUAUAAUAUAGCUCUUAUUAGACUUUAAGUAUUUACCAAAAUAAAUCCUAAUUUGUUUCUAAGG